CCUGUUCGCCGUCUCUCCAUGCACGGCGCCACGCGCGCUCCUUCCAAACUCCGCCGACGCAUCCAUCUCCGCCGCCCCCAACUCCCGCCGCCGCAUUUACUCCCACCCGCGGCGGUUUUUGGCUACUUAACUACUUGGCGUCCGCAGUAACGCGUCCACGGAGCAGCCUGGAAUGAGCUCUGCUUGAUCCCCUUCGACCGGUGAGGCCCAUGGUGAAGCUCGCGACGGCGAGGGAGGCGCGGCUGUACGGGCCGGCGCUGGCGGUGCGCCGGUGGGAGUACAUCAACGCCGGCGCGUACAUGUUCGGGACCCUGCUCCUGGCCGCGGGGCUCGCGGCGCUGUGCGCGUCCGAGGGCGGCGUCGGCGCCAGGGACGCGGGGCUCGCCGUCGCCGGCGUGGCGCUGGCCGUGGUGGCGGCCGUGAACGCGCACGACCUGGGGGCUCACCUCGCCGGCGUGGACUGCCGCUUGGGCCUCGCCCGGUUCGACCCCCAGCUCGGCCUCGUCGAGCUCCUCGCGCCCGCGCUCCACGCCGCCGGCUGCGUCCUCGCCAUCGUCGGCCUCGCGCUGCAGCUCUUCUCCCAGGGCGACAGGUUAGAGAGGCGCGCGGCCGACGCGCUGCUGGCGGGCGCGGUGCUCUGGAUCCUGGGCUCGGUGCUCAGCUCGUGCCAGACGUACGAGCGCGCCGACGGCCGCGCGCAGCUGCUGCAGUCCAGCGUGCAGGUCCCGGUGCUCCUCGGCAGCCUGCUCUUCCUCGUCGCGGCCGUCCUCCACCGCCGCGGUGAGCCCACCCUGCCAGGCGAGAGCGAGAGGUGGAUUAGCCUGUGCGGGAGCGUGCUGUGGGUGGCGGGCGCACUGUUCAACGUGCUCAAGGUGUUCGUGAUGCACCAGAGCGACGCGCCGCGGCUGGAGAAGCUCCGCGGCGGCGCGCAGGAGCGGCUCGCCCGGGACCGUGAGGGCCGCGUGCCGCUCGUCUGGAGGUCAGCGGCGCCGCCGACCGAGCUGCGCUGACAGUCGUGGAGCCCAACCCCAAGCCAGCCGGCCCGUUACUUUGUUCCACCAUUGUUCGCACGCUCAAGAUGGUAGUUAAGGAGGCUGGUGCGCCGAGGUAUACAGGGCGGCCGGCGACGGUGCAACUAUGUUGGAGUAUCUGAUAGGUGUUAGCAGAGUUAUCCGUUGAUUGUUCUCUUUUUGUCUGGUAUUAGUGUAGUGUAAGAACUUUUAGCCGCUUUUCAAUGGAAAAUUUAAGAAGGAA